AUGGCAUUCGAGAAGCUUGUUCGAUACCAGGUGGAAGGCUCGAUCUAUUAUGGGGAUCUGAUAGAGACAGCUGAAACCGGCUUCAAAGUGCGCAGAUUGAGCGGCGGUCUUGGUGGCUUUCAGCCACAAGGGGAUAUUGAUACGGUGAACAAGCUCCUUUGCCCCUUGGAGAAGACGCCGAUUAUACUAUGCAUCGGACUCAACUACAAGAAACAUGCAACUGAAGCUUCACUUGAAAUUCCAGAUUAUCCCGUGGUCUUCACCAAGCCCUCGGAUGCCCUUGCGGGACCCGGCGAAGCGAUUCCUAUCAGCCCAGGCGCUCAAUCCAUGCUGGACUAUGAAGGGGAAUUGGUCGUGGUAAUUAGCAAGGACUGUAAGAAUCUUCCUGAAGACGUUGAUCUCAGCGAAUAUGUCCUUGGAUACACGGCCGGAAACGAUGUCUCAGCACGAAACUACCAACUUCCCAAAGCCGGCGGUGGUCAAUAUUCAUAUGCGAAGUCGUUCGACAAGUUUGCACCCAUCGGUCCUUAUAUUGUCAGUUCGAGCGUCAUCAAGGAUCCGCAAAGCCUGAAAUAUGUCACGAGGGUGAACGGGAAGACGGUGCAGGAGACGGACACUGAUGACAUGAUAUGGUCGGUGAAGGCGAUUCUGCGACACUUGACUCGGGGUACCACCGUGCGCGCAGGAACCAUUAUCAUGACGGGCACACCAGCUGGCGUCGGCUUUUUCAGGAACCUCUUCCUACAGGACGGUGAUAUGGUCGAGGUCGAGAUCGAAGGAGUGAUGAAGCUGUCCAACAUUAUCAAGUACGAGGAUCAUGCUUCCAAAAUGUAG